AUGUACAACAAUUCCUGGGCGUACUAUGGUCAACCCAAUAACCGACGCACAGAUGAGAGUAGGUUUCAAGGGAUUAUGCUGCUGCAACAACAACAACAACAACCAUUGAGUGAGAGUCCCAUGACAAGCUAUCCAGGACAAAUCUCACAACAAAGCCAACUUUCACAAAGACAAACGAACGAAUCUCAAAGAUUGAAUCUUGCUGAGGAUUUGUUUAGAAGAGAUGGCGUUUCUCUGUCUCAUCAAUCACAACAACAACAUCAUCCUCAUCAAUCAGACAAUUAUUUUCAAAACAUUUAUCCAGGACAAACAAUCACUAAUCCAAUUCUUCCGCUUAAUACUCAAUCACAACAUCAACCGGCACAAUCGCAUGCUGGUCAACAACAACAACAGACAUUCCAAUCGGUGUCGACGGCACCAACAACUUAUGCCCUAUCUCAAACACAACAAAGUCAAUAUACACCCAUGUCUCCAUUCCCUGCUUUGACAGGUCAACGUUCUUAUUAUACCCAAUCACAACCACAACAACCAAUCAUUGGUCAAUCAAACCGGUCGCUUAGUUAUUAUUCACAAGACUUACAACAGAAAUCACCACAAGGAUAUACCCAACGUUAUGAAUCAAUAGAUCAAUUACAACAACCACAACAACAUGACUCCAGGCUAUUACCAUAUGGUAGAACAUUGCUGUAUCCCACUGAACAACAAAGAACUCCAAUAUAUUCUGCUCAAUCUAUGACAUAUGGUCUGAAUUUCUUAUUUGGAGGUCGGUCAAGUAUAGAUGGUACUGCUAAUCCAAGUGAAUUAAGUACAUUAGAUCCUACCCCACAACAUAGUUUCGAACAACUUGAUGGUAGUGAAAGUUCUUCAAGUCAUUUCAAACCUCCACAACCAAAACAGAAUACUCGCCCUAGGAUUAAUAAACUUAGUAGUGAACAAUAUGUGGUUAAGACCACAAUUAGGAAACCGACAUUCAAAUUAGGAGAAUACUCCACUCGUGAACUUAAACAGAUAUUUUUUAAUCAUUGUGAUAUAGUCAUUCAUAACAAUCAUGGAGGAGAUAGAUCAUUUUAUUUUGAAAGCAAGAUUAAAACUGAUUUUGAAUUACAAAUGUUUGAUUAUUUUGUUAAUUCAGUUUCAAAUAUAAUUGAUGUCUAUUUUGAUAAAAGGAUCUAUGCAGAAAUCGUUUCCGAGAUAGCAUUGUUUGAAGAAACUAAUAUCAUUUUAAAUGCUAUUUUCUGUUUAAGUUCUUUGAUGUUACAUAGAUUAACUCCAAAUAAAGUGGACCCUUCCCUUCCAAUCAAAUAUUAUCAAAAUGCAGUGAAAAUCAUUAAAUACCAUUUGGAAUCAAAUCUACUUGAAGACGGAAUCGCUUCAAGAUGUUUAUUAGCAACCAGUUUGUUAUGUCUAUAUGAGUUUUUCUUUAGUUCAAUUCAAGGGAUUUAUUUGGAUAAUGCCACCAAUAUCUUAGCAUCUAUAAUAGGAGCUAAAACCAGGAAUAAAUCAAGUGCAUUAUUGGAAUCACCAUUCUUAGGUACAUGUUUCUGGGGGAUAUUCUUAAUGGGAUUCAUUCAAUCUUUAAAAAAUGGACAAAUGAAUACUUAUUCAGUUGAAAAGUUUUGGAAAUCAUUGGAUCUGGAAUACUUUAAAAUCUUUGAUAAAUAUCUGUUAUUACGAGAGAACGAAUUUGGAAAUGAAGUAUUGGCUAACAUGGAAACAGUUUGGUGGUUUAGAAAGACGAUAUUGAAUUGUAGUAAGAUUCUUGAUUUCAAACAUGAAAUUAUUGUGUUGUCAAAAGAAGAUAUUGAAUCAAAUAAGCAAUUAAUCAAAUGGGUUGAAUUAAAAAAUAUGAUAAUGAAUUUUGAACAAAGAAUACUGCCAGCUUUAGAACCAGUCGUGUAUAAGCAACCUUCUAAUGAUGAUGAUGAUGAGGACUGUUUCCCAAUGAUUUAUUUCAAAGAUGAACUUUCCGCAUUGAUUGGAUUAAAUCGACUGUUGGCCAAAAUUCUUUUGUUUGAAAGUUUAUUAAAAACAACCAAGAUUCAUUCACAAAUGUUUCCACAUCAAUUAGCAAGAUUUCCUCCUAAUUAUUGUAAGAAGUUGGCCAAUGAUAUGAUUGGAAUCAUUCAGACUUAUGAUUCAAAUUUGGCUAUUUGGCCUUUAAAUUUACAUAUUAUAAGACAUGUUGGACAUUAUUUACAAGAUGAUCCAAACGUUGCCAAACAAUUAGAUUCACUUGUUGAAAGAAUGUUAAUGUUCUGUAAGUUGACCAUCUAG